UGCACACAUUCAUGACCACAUGCAACUACCAACAGAAGUUGAACAACCAAUCAGCAACAAUUCGAGUUGAAUUUCAUCAAAUCUGUUUGGAGAAUGAAGGGUCUCAUCAUCGCCAGUGUUCUCAUGGUUGCUGUGGCAAUGAUGGCAACAGCCGUACCUAAUUUAGAUCGACCAAUACGGAGUGCAGACCUUGCUCACAUUCAAGAGUUGCUCAAGGAAAUGGCAGAAGAAAGAGAGCUUGAAGAAGAUCACAGUCAGGAAAUGUGUAUAGACCAAAAUGAUGAAGUGGAGUGCACUUGCAUUCAGUUCAAAGGCAAGAAGCACCCGUUGUGCAUGGGACCUAACUGCGCUGUUGCAGCCAAUCCCGCUAUUGCACAACGGUACUGUCCUCCUGGCAUGAGUCCUGCCUGGUGUGCUAUAAGAAAUGUUUUUGGGGCGUUCUGACAUUAUUAUUAUUCCGUAAUUAACUGGCAUAAUUAUUAUAGAGAAAAAACAUUAUUGUCAAGUUAUAAUUAUAGCUAUCUAUAGUUAGAUGAUUAUACAUGCAGCUAGGCUGGUGUAUGCUAUUAAAUAUAUAGUGCAUGCAUGACCAUGCAGACUGUCAGUUGUAUGUUUCAGUUGUUGUCUAUAAAUAUUAUAGGACCAUAAUUAGUGCAAGCCAUGCAUAAUACUCGUUAUAACCCUG